AACCUUGAUAUUCAAGUCUGGUCUCCACAGACUUCUUUGUAGGUAACUCAGUUCUCUUUCUCAAGGUAUGAUACAUUGUUAGUGAAGUAUGGAAACAAAAGAUUUGCUUUUGACCGAUAGAGACAAAAUAAGAAAGGAAUGGGGGAAAACGGCAAGUGAUGUAGAAGAGUUUGUUACAAUUUUGAAGGAAUGGAUAAAAACGCAAAGACACCUUCCUGAAAUUCCAAAUGACAACCUGAUUGAAUAUUUUUUAACUAAUUGUAAAUACAGUAUUGAAAAAACUAAAGAAAAUUUGGACAUGUAUUAUACAAUUCACCAGUUGAUACCAGAAUUUUUUAUUCAUCCUUUAAAAUGUAAUCUUAAAGAGCUGGUUUCAAAAAUGAGUUAUAUAGUAACGUUACCAAAAUUAGACGAUGAUUUGUGUCGAAUAACAAUUAUCAAAUACCAUGAAGAUAGUGCAGAGAUAUUUGAUCCUCUCAAGUUGGCAGCCUAUGUUUGCGAUACAUUUGAAAUUAGGUUACACGAAGAUUUAGCAAUGGGAGAAAUUGUUGUUUAUGAUGCUGAACAUUUGUCAAUGGGACAUGUGGUUAAAUUAACUCCAUCGGUUUUCAAGAAGUUAGCGCUAUUACUACAGGCAGUUUUAAGAAAUCGAAUAAAAGGAAUUCACUUAAUUAAUUGUCCACCCUACAUCGAUAAGUUAGUAUCUCUAGUAAAAAUGUUCAUGAAGAAAAAAAUAUAUGAAAGGAUUCAUCUUCAUCCCAAUAUGGAAAGUUUAUACAAAAUCAUUCCUCAAAAAAUGUUACCAAGUGAUUAUGGAGGAGAUGAAAAGUCAAUGAAAACAAUCAUGGAUUUGUGGCAACUAAAAUUCAAUCAAUAUGAAAAGAGAUUCGACUCUUUGGAACAGAUGGAAGUAAAUGAGAGCUUAAGACCAGAACCGCUCAUGAAUUCUGAAGUAUUGGGCUAUUAUGGUAAUUUCAAAAAACUCGAUGUAGACUGACAUUGAUUUUUUUGUAAUAAUUGUGAUUUGGAAAUAUAUUUUUUUGCUUUAUUAAAUGUAUGGUGAUAUAAAAUACACAAUUAAAGAAAU